AUGCAGGUUAUUUCUUUAUUUUUACAGGGUUAUCUUGAAUAUUUGGAUAAAUGCGAUGAAAUCUCCAAAGAUCAAAUCAAAAUUUUAUUUGGAAAUAUUGUUCAGAUUUACUCAUUCAGUCAAAAGUUUUUGCAAGAAUUAGAAUUAUGUGAAGGAGAUCCUUUGAAAGUUGCUGAAUGUUUUGUGAAAAAUAAAGACAAAUUUGUAAUUUAUGGCCACUACUGUACCAACUACCCAAGUGCCUUGGAAACUCUGACCAAGUGUAUGGCUCAUCAGAACUUGGCAGAUAUCUUUAAACAACGACAGCUGGUUCUGGGACAUAACCUUCCUCUUGGUGCCUACUUAUUAAAGCCAGUACAAAGGGUUCUUAAAUACCAUUUACUCCUCCAGAACAUUCUGAAACAUUAUGAUGAAGAGAAAGAAGGUUUUGAUGUGUUAUGCCAAGCACUGACACACAUGACCAGUAUGGCACAACACAUCAAUGAAAUGAAACGAAAACAUGAGCAUGCAGUCCGUAUACAGGAAAUUCAGAGCCAGUUGCUGGAAUAUGAUGGUGCUGACCUUACCACACUUGGUGAUCUUAUCAUUGAAGGUUCUCUACGUAUAUGUGGUACAAAGACAUACCGGCAAGUUUUCUUGUUUGAGAAGGCUGUACUUAUAACAAAGAAGAAGGAAGAAGGCAUGUUGAGUUGUAAAAGCUUUAUUGAGUGUGCCAACCUUAUGCUGAUUGAAAGCAUUCCAAAAGAACCUUUGAGUUUCCAAGUCAUUCCAUUUGAUAAUCCAAAGUCAAUGCAGACAUUACAGGCUCGGAACAUGGAACAGAAAAUGAAAUGGUGUCAGGAAAUCAAGCAUCUGAUCUUGGAAAGUUACAAGGGCAAAAUUCCUGAGAAGGUUCGCCAUCUUGUAAUGGAACUUGGUCGCAGCAAAGAUGAACAAUAUGCUUCCAACAGUGAAAAUGUAGACCCUGGAAAAAGGCAUCAAAUUAGUGGACUGGAUUAUCUUGAAAAACGUGGAAGGGUGAGGCGUAAAUCCAGCAACUUAAUACCAGAUUUUAAUUUGUUGAAACCCCAGAAACUCAGAAAAGAUUACAUAAUUAUUUUUAUGCAAAUAAUUUAUUUUCAGUCUGAUCCUGGUUUUCCUCGUUUAAUAUUUCCUAGUGAAAACAAACAAUGGUUUGAUAAUGAAGCAGCAGAUUCAGUUGAUGAUGAGAAGACUGGAACAUUGAUAAACCGAAGACGUGGGGGUCCACUUUACCCUAGUCCUGAGCCUGAAGCUGGUCCUGAAGUCGAAUCAGAAGUUUGUUCUGAAUCUAGUUAUGAUAUUGAGAAACACAAAACAGAAUCACUCCCUGGAAAGAACAGUAGCUCAUACAAACGUGCUCUCAGUUUUCGUAAUGCCAUCUCUGAUAAUCCUCAGCAUAUCCCAGAUGUAAAUGCUUCAUCUGUGUCCUGCUCAGGUAGCAGUUGUGGUAGUGUGCAGAGCACCCCUGCCCGACUGCAUAGACCAAAAAAUGCACCAUCAGAGACAACUUCCAAUGAAGAUUCAAGUUCUGUCACUGUGCCUACAAAAUAUGCCAGUAUGCCUUCAUUGAAUAAUGAAAAAACUCCAGUUAUUAUUAACAUGGACCCUUCAGGAGAUGCAUCAUUGUCAACCCAGUCAUUGGUUCCUAAUGGCCAAUCAAAUUCUUUGAAUUCAGGUGAUAACCAACAGAAAAAGAAUAAUAGCAGUGGAAAAUCUGAAGUUCAGAGUAAAUUGUCUGCUCCACCAUCAACAAAACCCAAAAAAUCCUUCAAGAAUGUCUUACCCCUUCUUCGUCAGGCAAAGAUGGCUGGUCUUUUGCCUGGUAUUACCUUUAAAUAUUAUCAUGGAUCUGAACCAAAAACUCGUCGUUCCUCUGAUCCACCAGUUUCAUAUGAAGAUCCUUGGGUAAGAAAAUCGGAGUUGCAUCAAAGUGUUAGCCAGAAUGAAGUUUCAAGCUCACAGUCUCUUCGAAGAUCCCAACUAGAGAGUCCUAAUUACAAGAAUAUGUCUCGUGAGAGCCUUGAUUGGCUAGUUUAUUUGAAUCGAAAUCAGCUACCUGCCAACAAAUAUAUAACCCCAAUCCAAUCACUUAUGCAGACUACCUCAAAAGAGAGGCAAACUGCAUAUCAAGAAGUUCCUUCCUAUGUAACUCUUCCUCGUGGUGCAACCUCACCUACAGACAUCCCCAAAGGUUUACUCCAUAAAUCUUUUACUUUUUGUGGUAAGUCUGCAAAGCCGUCUUUUAUGCGUUCAUACUCUACACCUCCAUCAAAACGAGUCACACCUGAUAAGGAUGAACACCCUGCAUCUUCAAUAGCAGCUAUCAAAGAAAGUGAGCGUAUGGUUGAAGAGAUGGAGAACUAUAUGCGAACUGAAGGGAAGUCAACUACAUUGGCAAAGUUUCCCACAAAAUUACCUGAACAAUCGGAUAUUGAGAGUGAAAAUUCUCUGCCUCAGAGUCUCAGCAGACAUGCUUCUCAGACAUCCCUUUUGUCUAAUUCUUCACAAAGUAGCUAUGAGAGUAAUCUUGGAUCAACAGAAAGCCUUGUUUCUCAGAUCCAGAGCUUUCCAGCUAAAGUGGCUGGUUGGAAGGCUAACAUUACUAAGAGUCCAACGCCACCUGUUUUCACUUUGCCCCCACCCUCUGCAUAUAAAAAAAAGAUUGAAACAUCUGCUUCAGUUCCUUGUUCACCACUAGCUAAGGAUGAUGAUUCAUCAUCCUUCUUACAUUAUCCUUGUGUAUCUACAACUGAGAGUCUAUCUACUUCAUUAAAUUCUCCAGUUUCUGGAGGUAGUGUCUCAUCUCCUACACUGAAUGCUUCAAAGAACAAUAUUCCUUUCUCCUUUUCAUGCUCCUCGCCACCACAGAUCACCAGCACUUCUUCAUCUCCUUUACCCUCUCCUGUCAGAGUUAAUCCUUUGGUGUCUGUGCAUGACUUUUCCCAAAAAAGCAGCAGUAUGCCAUCUUCUCCUUUUCACCUUUCCUCAACUUGGGACAAUAUUGAAACUUACCCACAGUACCAUUCUCCUGCUAAAUCUUAUAGUGUAUCAAGUUCUCCUAAUUCAACUCCAGAACGAAGUGUUAGUACCCCUUUGUUACUGCCUACUUUUUCCACUCCAACAAAAACUUCAAACUGUUCAGUCUCAAAUCCAGCACUCUCAAAAUCCUGUCCAAUGACUCAUACAAAUGAGGACCUGCCUUCAACAGAAUUAAACAAUCACAUGACACCAGAUAAAACUGACCUUUUCUCAGUACCCAGUGACCAACUGUGCCAUGCCAAUUCUUCUCCUGAAAGUGAAGAGACAGCAGUUAAAAGUCAUGGAUCUUCCUUGGAACUUCCUCCAAAUAAGUGCCAGUUCUCUUCCCAUUCAAUGCCUUCCUUAACACGUAUUGUUAGCAAGUCCACUCCAAGCAGUCCAACUAUGUCUUCCAAAGUUCUUACCAGUAACACUCUUAGCCCACCUCGAGUUAGCAGAUCCACUGACCGUCGCAAUUCAGCUCCUCAAAAUUGUCAUAAGGAAGUUAAGUCAGCAUUGCGAAUCCGGCAUCAAAGCUUGAAGCUAGACCAUAAUGUCAGUCUAUCUUCUUUGUUUGAAGGUGUGCCAUCAACCUCUCCAUCAGAUGAGCUUGUGUGGAGCCCAAACAAUCGCAACUCUCAUCCUUUAUCUGUAAGAUGCAUCAACCAUUGUAUUUCUUCUUCUAGUGAUGAUGUUUUCCAUAAGAAACUGACUGGAUCUCAUGAAAACUUUGGCAAGUGUCAGCAUUUAGACAAAAGCCUUUGCCAGAAAACAAGCCUACAACCUUCAGAUUCUGCAUUCUCCAUUCAGAGUGAAACAACUGAUAAUUUACAUGAAGAUGGAGACACCAACAGCAACAGUCGAUUGAGUACAUCCGAAGGUUCCUUUAUCUCUGUGGACAGUAUUUGUGAACAGCAGUCUGCAGAAAUGGAGCUUUUUCGUGACUCUGCUAUUUACUGUGAUAUGGAUAUAGAGCCUAGUCCAAUUGUAGAAUGUCCAUUGCCUCCCAAAGCAACCAUUAAAGAAUAUGUCCAAUAUUUGGAAGAGAAGCAUAAGUUUGCCAUGCAGCCAAAGAUGUCUGGUGCCAAAAAGCGAGAACCAAGCCAAAUGAUUCGGCAGCGACUACGCAGCCUACAGGAACAUGCGCGCUACAAAAGCAACAGACGCAGCUAUGAAGAGGAAGUCAUGGAAGUGUCACAAAUAUCUGUACGGGAAAUAAACAAAAUUUUGACCAGUGGAGCUACAUCAAUUGAUGACUCUCGUUGUCCGUACCACUCUACAGCCAGUGUACCUCUCAUACGUAAUCUGGGCAAGUGUUCCCAUUCCCUGGGAAGCCUUGACCGGUUGAACUGUGAGCCAGUUAAUACUAAGGGCUGGGUCAAGCAAGUGGUCACUAAAUUCCAAACUGACCACUGA